AUGGUAAAUACACAAGGGUUGGCAGUAGGGUUAGCCGUUGGGAUCCCUUCAUUUAUAAUAUUGGUAGUGGUUGGGAUAUUCUGGUAUCGUAAUCAACAGAAACAGAAACAUGAAGAUAUGAAUGAUAAUGAAAUCGACAUAGGAUUACGAGACGACCAUUCCUUUAAUCAGUUUCAAGAGGAACUCCACAAACAAUAUGAAAAGAAUAAUGACGACGACGAAACCCAUAUACGUGAAGAAAAAUUAACUCACGAUUCAUCGGAAAAUAGCAAUGAUGGCCAACAACAUUCAACGUCGACUGCAAGUAGACAAACCCCGACACCUUAUAGUCAGCACUACAACUCAAACCAUGGCGGCCAAAGACCUCAAACAAGUUACGAUUUCUAUGAAACGUUUAUUCCUAUUUUACCAUCAAAUCAACAGAGAUCGCCAUCAGUACAAGGUUCUACUGCGGAUAUAGCGGACACUCAUCCCAAUGAUACUGAUACCGACUUGGAAACCACUACCAACAACAAUAAUGGUACCGGCAAUAAUUUAGCAACUGACAGCUCGUCUUCGCUAAUCAACUCCCAUUUGCGCACAUCAUCAAAUGAUCUAAAUACGCUAGCCAAGCAACUCAAUAAUCCGGUAUUUUUUGAGAAACUACCUAGUAGAGCCACCAAAUAUCAAGUUAAAUCUGUCAACAACAACUAUGGUAACACAAAUGCUGUUGGGAAGAAUAAUAACUCGAGUAGCGAUUUAAUUAAUAAUUACUUGAUUGGUGAAACCCACGCUAUUAACGAUCAUUUUACGUAUGAAGCACCAAAAGUUGAAGUUACUGAUCUAAGCCGACCUGAAGAAAAGAAUUAG